AAACAAGGCUUGAACUGGAAUGAGAAGUCACGGACUCAUGGUGACACAGCACAUCAGAUUUCAUUUCUAAAGCAAGAGCACGGAGCAGCAAUCACAGGGCUUGAGGUCUUGUCUACAGGCCAAAACAAGGAGAUGAAAAAUACUGACAUUGUCAAAAAAUAGUACUCCCUCUGACCCAUAUUACUUGUCGAAGUAUUACAUGUAUCUAGACGCUUUUUGAACAUAGAUACAUCCAUCUUUGGGCAAAUUUGAGACAAGUAAUAUGGGUUGGAGAGAGUAGUACUUCAGUUUUAGUUAGGAUAUAUAUUUCCAGUAAAUCAUAAUUAUCAUCUCCAUUUCAGCUAUAUACUUAUAGUACUCCGUAGUAUUGAUUUGAUGCAGAGUGUGGUGUUCAUCACGAUGCUGUACUCAUUGGAGAAGCUCUGGUACUGGACUACUGGUACAGGUUGGUUAAGUACUGCAAAGCCUGAAGAAAAUCUUGAACAAGCCUAAAUAAAUCAGCCUACUGGGCCUUCAUUCUAAAGCAUUCCACAGCUUAUCCGGAGAUAAUCAAGAACCUCUGGGUUCAGGGUCAAAAAGCAAUGGGAUUUCCAUAUUCUCAACACUUUCUGAAGAUGGCCCGCUGGGAAAGGAAAAGAUUUUCAUGGCCUGCAGUCGAGACGGUAUGCCGACUUCGAAUAGCAAGGAGGAUGCGUCGUGCUGCUGCCUACACUUCUCCUUGGUCUCCAAGUCAAGGACGCCGGCAUUACUACCUACCUGCAGCAGCACCACGCCGCUCUUCUCCCCAUGGCCCAGGAACUUAAGGCCGCCGAGAGGAAUGUUAGGAGGAUGAUCCAGCAGUGCCCUCAGCUUCUCCUCCGCAUGGAUGACGGCCUCCAGCGUCCACCCGCCGCCCACGGGGAGCUGCAACCACACGGAUAUCACCAACUCGCUGUCGGCGGCGAGCAGCUUUAGCAGCUUGCCGUCUGGGGACGGCGUCAGCUGGAGCUGGUCCAACUUGCAUUAGCUGGCCUGCGGGAGCUUCACCGAGCCUGCCGUCGCCAUGGCCACGUCGUAGCUGAGGAUCACGGCCGUGUCGCCAUUUCUGUUCCUUGGCAGCCAGUGGAUGAGGCCGCCAUGGAGGACGACGCGGUGGUCAUUUUUUAUAUGAUUCCACGGGGAGAAAGCGUGGCAACAACUGUAGAGGCUGUCGAUUCCAGCCAGCAGUAUGAACGUAUCGUCUGGGACCUGAUGACGGACUCGUCGUCUUCAGCAUUGCAGUGCUCUGCGCCACGGAUGGCUGUGACCAGAGCAGUUGCCAAGGACAAGGAGGACCGUUCCGUGUUGUGGUCGUCCUGUCUGUGGGAUGGGAGAGCAGAGUCACAUCCGCAUGCUUAUACUCAUCGGAGACUGACGGGUGGAGCGAGCGCUGCCUGGGGCUUGAAUAUGCCUAGUAUCCUUGUGGAUGAUGCCCUCUACUUCAGCAGCAACGGAAAUCAGAUUGUCAAGUGCCAACUAGCUACACUUGAGUUGUCAGAAUUCGAGAAGCCGGUCAUGGGCAAUGGGGAACUCAUUAAAACAGAAGAAGGUGGGUUGGGAUUCGCUAGCCUGAGUGGCUCAACCUUAACCCAAUGGUCGACGGAGACCAGCCCUGAUGGAGCUGUGGGAUGGGCACAACACAGGGUAAUCGAUCUCGUGACGCUGCUCCCUGACGGUGCCCUCUCGACCUCAACAUCGUCUAGUAUGCCGAACAUUAUGCGUGCGUAUGGCUUCAUGGAUGUCACCCACAUAAUUUUGGUGGGCACAGAUGUUGGUGUGUACAUGGUCGAACUCAAGUCAGGACGAUCCCGGAAGGUGCUCAAGCAGCCUUGCGAAUUUAGGGCAGUCUCCCCCUAUGCGAGCUUCUGCAUUCCAGAUGCUAUACUCGGUGGAGAACCUUCAGAUUGGUAGUGUCGUAAAAUCUGAAAUAGGACGAACCGUUAGUUCAGUUGGAGCUGUUCUGUUCUCAUGUGAGCUCGGUGCCAAGGGUGGCAAGGCACUGGUAUAAGGUGUUGUUCCUCACACACACCUUGCACUGUCCUCCCAAAACCCUCGACGCCGCCGCCGUCGCACCAUGCUGCCGCCGGCGAUGAUGGGCGGACUCGUCCAUGAGGUCUCCCUGUAGCAGCCAGCACAGGAAACAACAUCCAGCCACUCUGCUCUGUGCUCGCGCUCUUUCCUUAAUCCCCAACCCGCCCAAAACCGUCGUCUCCGCAGCCGCACCAUGCCGCCGCCGCCGGUGCUGCUGAACGAGCUCCUCGAGGACGUAUUCCUCUGCCUUCCGCCGGACGAGCCAGAGCACCUCGUCCGCGCCUCCUCUGUCUGCAAGCCGUGGUGCAGCAUCCUCGCCGACCCCGGCUUCCGCCGCCGCUACCGCGAGCUCCACGGGACACCUCCCGUCUUGGGAUUUUUCCAGAACAUUCGACGAGGCUGCCAAUUCCUCCCUGCCUCCGCCUUUCGACCUGCCGGGGCUGACUUCCGCAAGUGGGUUGCAAUGGACUGCCGCCACGGCCGCGUCCUCUUCCGCGCCAAAAGCCUGGACAUCAAGGUGCAUUAUGAAUUCGUCGUCUGGGACCCUAUGACGGGCAACGAGUGCCGCGUCCCCUUGCCGGACAUGAGCCUCAUUUGCUUCUCAGCGACGGUGCUCUGUGCCACGGAAGGCUGUGACCACCAUGGCUGCCAAGGACAAGGUGGGGCGUUCCGCGUGGCCGUCAUUUCUACCACACGGACACGGGUGACCAAAGCCACAUCUGCCUGCUUAUACUCAUCAGAGACUGGCUUGUGGAGUGAGCUCACCACUGUUAACAAUCUCGAUGCCUCGGGCCAGAAUACGAUUAUGACUAGUAUCAUUGUGGAUAAUGCGCUCUACUUCAACAGCGUUGGAAAUCACAUUGUCAAGUACCAACUAGCCACACUUGACUUGUCACUGUUUAAGAAGCUGAUCAGGUGCGGUGGGGAACUCAUUACAACGGAAGACGGUGGGUUGGGAUUUGCUUCCCUGAAUUACAUAACCUUAACCUUGUGGUCAAGGGAGACCAGCCCUGAUGGAGCCGUGGGAUGGGCACGACACAGGGUAAUUCAUCUCAUGAAGCUGCUACCUCACUCUGCCCUCUUGACACGUAGUGUGCCGUACAUCAUAAGUGCGCAUGUCUUCAUGGAUGGCGCCCAAGUAAUUUUCCUGGGCGCACAUUUUAGUGUCUACAUGGUUGAACUCAAGUCAGGGCGAUCCAGGAAGGUGCUUGAGCAGCUCGGCAAAAUCAUGGACAUCAUUCCCUAUGCGAGCUUCUGCAUUCCAGGAGUGGAAGCAGCUUCUACAGGCCAGGGGCAAUGAAUUGGUGUUUCAAGUGUUGGCAAACUCUAGUUGCUAGAGCAAAGGCUUCUGAAUGAAGAAGAGGUGUUGCUAGUGAUGUUAGAUUUGACACAAGUGUGGAUUUGGAUAUGUAAGAGUACUGCUGAACUUAUUCUGGGUUUAUGGAACUCUGUUUAAGAGGUCGUUAAUUUGGUAGCUUGCUCGUUGGUGUAGUCUGACGAGGGCUUCUAUGUAAGCUGGUCUCCCCAGCAUGAUCCUCCUGUCUUUAGCUCAAAUUGUCAGUUCGGAAUUUGAAAUGAAAAGAUUGUGAACUAAAGCUUCAUUUC